AUGUUGUCGAGACAGGUCCUCCGCGCAGCCCGGUCUGCAGCUCCCCAGCGGGCGAUUGCCUCCCAGGCCCGGUUCUAUGCCGCUCCCGCCUCUGGCGCCAACGAGAACGUCAAGGCCCCCGUCGCCCUCUUCGGCCUCGAUGGCACCUAUGCCACUGCCCUCUACACGGCCGCCGUCAAGACGUCGUCCCUCGAGCCCACGGCCAAGGCCCUCGCCUCCCUCGGCGACAUCGUCAGCAAGGACGCCAAGCUCUCGACCAUCCUGUCGGCCCCGACCCUGACCGCCGACGACAAGUCGGCCAUCAUCGCCGAGCUGCAAAAGUCGGCCGGCGCCCAGGGCGAGACCGUCAAGAACUUCCUCGCCACGCUGGCCGAGAACAACCGCCUCGGCCUGCUCGAGGGCGUCUGCGCCAAGUUUGGCGAGCUCAUGAGCGCCUCGCGCGGCGAGGUCGAGAUGACUGUCACCAGCGCUCAGGCCCUCGACAACAAGACUCUGAACCGCCUCGAGACCGCUGUUGCCAAGUCCCCCUACGUCGGCCAGGGCAAGAAGCUCAAGGUCACCAACGAGGUCAACCCCGAGAUCCUGGGCGGCCUCGUCGUCAACAUUGGCGACCGGACGAUCGACCUCAGCGUCUCCUCCAAGCUCGCCAAGAUGAACAAGCUCCUCACGGACUCCCUGUAA